CCUUCUCGGAAAAUUAUGGAAAAAUCGGAAAUUCUCGACCGCACGUUUAGUGUGUGUUGUGACGUCACAAUACCAACAGUUGCCGCAUACAAGGUGGGGAAAUUAUCUGUGACGUCACAGAGGGAAAGAGGAGGCAGGCAUUGUUGCGCAUCGCGUUCAUUUGUCUCGAAUAAUCGAGGUGGAAAGAGCUUCUGUGACGUAGACAGUAUAUACAUUGUUUCCGUGAGAAUGAAGAGAAAUUCGGGAAUAAUUCUAAAGAUUGGGGGGCACAUCGGGACAGGGAUUCGAACCGUGAUCGGUGGGGUUAUAUAUUGUGCGCUAUUAGCGUGCGUAUACAUCCCGUUGUACUGUAUCGGGUUCCUGCUCAUCAAGAAGACAUUGCUGGUGCAAAAGUUGAGGUUAUGGACCAAGAUCGGGCGAACGCAAGCCAAGUUAGGCCUCGUAAGCAGAAGGAGCCGGGUUAGUGACGUGUCACAAUCAUCCACUGAGGAGGAGAUUGACUUCCUCACCCACCGUAGUUUGGCUUAUUUACAUAGGAUGACAUUGUGGACGCCUGGGGAGAUUGUGAACACUUUCCUAAGGAAACAAAAGGUUCCAUUGAUAUCAGACAAACAGCUUGCUUACGUCAUAAUGUCAACUGUGUUUGCUCAUUCAGUGGCGUGGGACAAGGAACGCGCGAUGUUUCGAUUAUUGUUGGAAGGUUUCGAGGAUCUGUUUUUAUUUCAGGGUUUUUACUGGGACGCUCGUCACGUGCUCGUCAGUCCUGAUGGUAAGAAGAUAAUCAUCCAAGUUGACGGUGGGAAUGAAUUUCAUUCGGACGAUGAACGUCACAAAGCCGAUUAUGACCUCGCUAAACUUCAUGUUCAGGUGUGCCUAUCAUACUUCGCACCAGGGUUGUCACACAACCACGUCCAUUUCGUGUUUCCGUCUGCUGUAUGUGUGUUGGGAAAGAAACUACUCAACCGCAAGGGGGCACUCUACAAACUUCUUUCUCCCCACUUCAGGUUCACGGAGAGGAUCAACUAUCAGGCACUCCGUGUUGGCAAAGCUACAAACAAUAAACGUUCGUUGGACCGUUUGUUCUUCUUGUGGCAAUCCUUCCCCGUGACAAAGGAACAAUUCCUUGAAGGGGUUGCGAGGAAAUGCAAGAAACAUUACAUGGAUAAGGGGGCUCAGGAGUGUUCCAAGGCGACGAUGCCAGAAGGAGAGGAAAAUAUUUUCGACGACGCUGAGGAACGACGUCACUUCCUGUUCCCGCCGGAAUACGUCACAAACAAAAGCUUCCAUCGACUCCCAUAUUUGGCUUUCUUACGUGAAUAUUACUUCGUGGUCCGAAGAUUUGUGCAAGCUAUGGUUCCUUAUAUUGAUAAGAGCGAAUGGGACAUGCUGUCGGAAGCAAUACAUUGUCAUGUACCACGAAUGGACAAAGUCUCGAUGGUUGAUGCCAUUACAACAUUUAUACACCAGGUUGGUGUUGUUCACUACUGCGACCACACCUCCUACUUGAAGUACUUCGCGUUCAAGUACGGCUGUAUGUCGAUUACAGCACCGUUUGAGAGUUUCCAAGACACCGAACAUUGGGGUGAAAUAUCGAAACAAUUCGGACGAACCGUGGAAGAGAUAAAACAUGACCCAACAGUCCUUAUAAGGCAACGUGACGUCAUGAGGACAAGAUGCUUCUUGAACAUCUUCGUCGAUUACAUCCCUAGUUCGAGUUGUAACCUUCAACUGGUGACCACAGAUUAUGGGUUCGAGGACCAGGGCGCCGUGGAAGCCGCCAACAGCUUCAUGUCGGAACUCAGGAGUUUAGAUGGGAACCUAAAGAUUAAAGAACCCCCGAUCCACAUUCCAACCGGUAGAGGGGAGCACAGAGCCACUGGGUUACAGAUCGUACCCUUGGACGACAUCGUGCGGACAAUUUGUUUUUAAAUAAUCAAUGAUUGUGACGUCACGUAUAGUUGCCUAGCAACAAUAAUGUACAUUUAUGACGUCACAAUGUAAAAUAUUUCGAUUUUGUAUUCUAUUAUGACGGCAUAUUGUGAUCGAUUGUACAUAUCAUACGUCAUAAUACAACAACCUAUAUACAUGACGUCAUACUACACGCUACGUGAUAGCUUUCGGUAGUUGGUAGAUUAUGACGUCACAGUGGAACAUUCUUUAAUCGAGCGUUCGGUUAACCGCCCCAGGUGUAAUUGUUACGUCAACAAACAACAAUUCAUCGGAAAUCGAGUUUAGAUUUCAUUAUUUGUGAUAAUGCUGGUUGUGGGUUAACAAUACCGCGUUUGUGGUGUCAUAAACAUUCUAUUUGUGAUGUAAUAAACAGAUAUUGUUCGUC